GGCGGCCGCAGUUGUCACCGGCAGCAGCAGGGUGAGGCCGGGCGGGGAAAGGAGGGGAGCUCCGUUCCCGGGACUGUCACCGCCCGCUGGCCGCUCCACGGAGCCCUUUCCUCGGCGUCCAUCUCCAGCGUCCCCGCCGCCAUGACCACCACCACCACCUUCUCGGGCAUGGACCCCAGUGGCAGGAACAGCUCCAGAGUGCUGCGUCCUCCUGGAGGUGGGUCCAACUUUUCCCUGGGUUUUGAUGAACCAAAAGAGCAACCUGUGAGAAGGAACAAAAUGGAAUCCCACAUCUUUGGAACUCCUGAAGAAAAUCCACCUUCCUGGGCUAAAUCAUCGGGGACUAAGCCAGGUGAAAGCGGAGAAAACUGUGAAUCAGCUGGGCCACAAAGAAGAAACUCGACUGAUGCAAACUGUGGAGACUCUGUAGAUCCCAAGGGAGAAAUUGGUGGUGGUGAAACUUCUGAAAUCACUGAGGCUGAUGUAGAAGCUGCCCCAGGUCAGAGUGAAGAGAAAUCCCUGCCUGCUGCACCUGUUCCUAGCCCAGUAGCACCAGCACCAUCCAGGAGAAAUCCACCCGGUGGCAAGUCCAGCCUAGUCCUCGGUUAAACCUUUCCCUUCCUGACUGUUUUGAACUCGUGUCUUGUUUCUUUCUCCACCCCCCACCCCCCCCAUGCUUGUGAACUGCACAACUUGAGCCUGACUGUACAUCUCCAAUUCCUUUCAUUAAAAAGAAGCACUUUAUGUACUCCCAUCUUUUGUUGAGAUCAAGGGUUGGUUUUAUUUUCUCCCCACUUCUGUCCUGUGUUUUCCCCUCCCCAGAUCUACUGGAAGUGACAUGAGUGUUUUCUAGUGAUAGACUUGAGGGAAAGCUUUAUGAAGUAUUGUCAUUGUAACUCAAAGGAGAGUAGAUUGGUUCCAAGUGUGCUUAGAGGGUUUUUGUACCGAGGUUUUUUUAGAACCCCUUUAGCUUUACAAGGGUCUAGAAUCCUGGUUAAAGAGGCCAGCAACCAAUCAGCAAGAGCAGUCCCUUCCUCCACCCGCAGGAUUUGGGGACCCUAAAGGGCUUCAUUGACUGCAUGGGGUUAAAUGCCUUGAGCCCUGCUGUGCCAUAUGAACCCUGAAGUGGUUAGUGUACACCGUGCUGCCUUUAAAAUAUACUAUAGAAUCAAACACUUGAUACUGGACUACUAUGAAGCAGGGUAUGUGCCAAAUAGGGCUGACGAGCAGAGCCGCCUGGCCUGAUGCUAGGAGGGGAAUUCAGACUUGAUUCAGUGAAGUGGAGUGGAUCAGUGAAAUCAAUACAAAUGACAGGGCCUUUUUUUUUUUACAACUGACUCAAUGCUGUGCAUGAUCAUGCUGGUGCUUGACCAUGAGGUGGAAAAAACUCAUCCUUUCAAGUGUGUGUUGUUAUCUCACAAAGCUGGACUGUUGCUUACGAGUAAAUAAUAUAGAAGUUUUGAA